AGCCCUAAUGUCGUUGCCAAUGAAUUCGCUGUACUCGCUCACCUGGGGCGAUUAUGGCACGUCUCUGGUAUCGGCAAUACAAUUGUUGCGCUGCCAUGGCGACCUCGUCGAUUGCACGCUGGCCGCCGGUGGACGCAGUUUUCCGGCCCACAAAAUAGUGCUAUGUGCCGCUUCGCCGUUUCUAUUGGAUCUGCUAAAGAAUACGCCAUGCAAGCAUCCAGUUGUGAUGUUGGCGGGCGUGAAUGCCAGCGAUUUGGAGGCACUCUUGGAGUUUGUCUAUCGCGGUGAAGUGAGCGUCGAUCAUGCACAGCUUCCAUCGCUGUUGCAGGCGGCGCAAUGCCUCAACAUCCAGGGACUGGCACCGCAAACAGUGACCAAAGAUGACUACACCACACACUCGAUACAACUGCAGCAUAUGAUUCCACAGCACCAUGAUCAGGACCAAUUGAUAGCGACCAUUGCAACGGCCCCACAGCAAACUGUGCACGCACAGGUUGUCGAGGACAUUCACCACCAGGGACAAAUUCUACAAGCCACCACACAGACCAAUGCCGCCGGACACCAGCAAACGAUUGUGACAACCGAUGCAUCAAAACAUGAUCAGGCCGUUAUACAAAGCUUCUUGCCCGCUCGCAAACGGAAACCGCGCGUUAAGAAAAUGUCACCCACGGCACCGAAAAUAUGUAAAAUUGAAGGAAUGGACACGAUUAUGGGCACAUCGACAUCCUCGCACGCAACAGCCGGACAAGGACAAGUGGUUCAACAGCAACAGGUGCUAGAUGAGAACGGUGCGGAAGCGCAAAUGUUGACAUCCACGCCGAUCAUCAAGAGCGAAGGCCAAAAAGUUGAAACAAUUGUGACCAUGGACCCCAACAAUAUGAUACCUGUGACGUCGGCCAAUGCGACAACCGGUGAAAUAACGACCGCAUCUGGAACAACUGUAACGCCAAGCGCCAGCGGAAGCACCGCCACGCCCAAGACCAAACGAACCAAACAUCCGCCUGGAACAGAAAAACCAAGAUCACGCUCACAAUCGGAACAACCUGCAACUUGCCCCAUUUGUUAUGCCGUCAUACGUCAAUCGCGCAAUCUGCGGCGCCAUCUCGAGCUGCGGCACUUUGCCAAGCCGGGCAUCAAAAAGGAAAAGAAAAGUAAGUCCGGUAACGGUAACGAUAGUACACUAGACACCAGCGCCGAAUUCAACACAACCACUGAGGGCGACACCACGAUCAUCUCGGGAGCGGGAACACCAGCAGCAGCUACAGGAACGCCAGUUAUACCCAGCGGCAAGAAACCUGGCAGCGGAACAUCUGGAUCUGGGCAAUCGCAAGCAGGCGCUAGUGGCACAUUGAAUGCCAGCGGUGGAGUGCCUCAGGUGCAAACAGUGCAAUCUCUGCAUCCGUUGCAAGGCGUACAAGUGAAAAAGGAUCCCGAUGCACAACAGCAGCAACAACAGCAGCAGCAACAACAACAGCAACAACAGCAGCAGCAACAGCAACAAACAAUGACAGUGACAACCACGGCCGGAGGUCAGGUGCAGCAGCAGCAGGUGCAACAGGUGCAAGUGCAACAGCAGCAGACGCUGCAGCAUCAUCAGAUCAUCGAUUCGUCGGGCAACAUGACAACGCCAACGACCAGUGCCCAGGCAGCUGCCCAGCAACAGGCAGCGAAUCAGCAGCAGCAGCAACAGUUGGUGGCACAGUCCGAUGGCAGUGAGAGUGGGGCGCCCUUGUCGAUUGCCCAGGUGCAAACGUUGCAGGGUCAUCAGAUCAUUGGCAAUUUGAAUCAGGUGAAUAUGACUGAUUUUCAACAACAACAACAAGCGCAGCAGCAGCAGCAGCAACAACAGCAGCAGCAGCAGCAACAACAAACACAACCACAACAGACGCUCUGAGUAGAGCAAACAAAAACAAAAAAGAAAAGCACGACGCACGCACCACUUUUGUUGACGUAGCGGACGGAUGCGUAGUUUCACUAUGCAACACCUAAAUCCCUGACUUGGUUAUAUACAAAACGCUUUUAUUCUCCCGGAUUGCGUGUAGUCCUAAUUUUUACUAUCAGAACUUGGUUAAAAGGUGUAAACUAACCAUUUAAUAGACUCUUUCCAAUUAAUUUUAUUUUUUUGAUUUUAAUAUUUAAAGAGGAAAGAGUCUAUUGAUUGUAUCAUGAUACCUUGCUAAAGUCUUUAUUUUCAAUUUGGCUUAAUCCAAUGUUCUGUUGCGACUUUAGACAGUUAGUUAGUUUACUCCGUUUGUCCUAUUUUAGUUUUUAUUACCAAUUUUGUUGUACAAUUCUGAAAAAUUGAAAUGUUGAUUUCGCUACGUUUAAUUUGUUUUCGCUAUAGUUUUAGUUUAAGUACGCGCUAUGGUUAUUGGACUAUGUAAUUGUAAUUGUGCUGUAGUUUGCCCCCCCAAAAAUAUCCACGUCCCAGACCCAGACCCAAACCCAGAUUCCCACUUCCCAUCUUUGUUAUGUGUAUGUAGACUUAAUUGAACAGGCUAGGCUAGGAUCAACCUAGUCAAAAACUUAAUAUGCAGAUCGUUGAGUGCUCAAAAAGUUGGGUUAAGACCGUUUGGCAGUGCUGCCAACUUGUCUGUGCAAUAGCUAAUCAUUCACUUUUGUGAAUAAAAACAAAACACUUUUAUUGUUUACUUUACUUGAAGAAGGUUGAAUUUAAAUUUUUACCCUAAACUUCUGUUUAGUGGACAAAAUCAUUUCAAUUACUUUCUCAAACUUUAGUUAAUCCCUAUUUUUGCCUGAUCUUUGCUAUGAUGAUUGCAAUCAAGCCACAGAUAUCUAUAAGCUUUAGUUCUUUCAUGCUUCCCUUUUUUGGGUCCUUGGCCAAAACAUCUUUUAUGCUACACAGUACAAAACAUUUGUAGCCGCCAACUCUAAUUUUAUUUACAACUACAAAAAAAAAACACAAAAAAAAGAAACAAAAAUUAUAUAUAUUUACAUAAUUAUUUCUUAAUUUUAAUAGUUACAAAUUUUUUAAAUAAGUUGAUGUUCGAGUGGAUCGUUUAUUUGCAUCAAAGCAAGUAUUUGAGCUGCUCGAAGAAAACAAUUACCUUAACUCUUAUUACUUAAAUAAAAUUAAAUUUUAUUUAACCUGACAAAUAAAUGAAUAAACCAAAAAAUGUU